GCCCGUCGCCAUGUUGUUUCCUCGGUGCUGGACGGCAGCAAGUGGAGUCGCGCCCUGGCAGCGCUGCGUUGCUGCCGCCGCCGUCUUCUGCCCGCCGAGUCCUCAACCCUCUCUCUUUCCUCCCUGCACCCGUCCGGGCUGGCCCGGAGCUCCCCGGCGUCUUCCGUGUGGCCGCGAGUUUUGAGGUAUCUGCUGAAAACAUGGUUCAUUUUCUUUCCUGCCGGUGACUACUUAUCCAACUGCCCAUUCAGAUAAUGAUGAUGCUUGAACUGAAUAAUUAAGGGUUCUGAAGUCAAAGAUCUUGAGAUUAAUAAUGGCAGGGAAAUCAUCGCUUUUUAAAGUAAUCCUCCUUGGAGAUGGUGGAGUUGGGAAGAGUUCUCUAAUGAACAGAUAUGUGACUAAUAAGUUUGAUACCCAGCUCUUCCAUACAAUAGGUGUGGAGUUUUUAAAUAAAGAUUUGGAGGUGGAUGGACAUUUUGUUACCAUGCAGAUUUGGGACACUGCAGGUCAAGAGCGAUUCAGAAGCCUGAGGACGCCAUUUUACAGAGGCUCUGACUGUUGCCUGCUUACUUUUAGUGUCGAUGAUUCUCAAAGCUUCCAGAACUUAAGUAACUGGAAGAAAGAAUUCAUAUAUUAUGCAGAUGUGAAAGAGCCCGAAAGCUUUCCUUUUGUGAUUUUGGGGAACAAGAUUGACAUAAGUGAACGGCAAGUGUCUACAGAAGAAGCCCAAGCCUGGUGCAGGGACAACGGCGACUAUCCUUACUUUGAAACAAGUGCAAAAGAUGCCACGAAUGUCGCAGCGGCCUUUGAGGAAGCGGUCCGAAGAGUGCUUGCUACUGAGGAUAGGUCAGAUCACUUGAUUCAGACAGACACGGUCAGCCUGCACCGGAAGCCCAAGCCUAGCUCAUCUUGCUGUUGAUCAUUAGAGAGGUUGCCCAUGCGUCCUCACCAACUCACACAUAUACACAAAUAAACACAGGGUGGACAAGAGAGUUAGUGUUUGCAGCAAUGGCUCCUGUACUCAUAACAUUAAACUAACCAUAUUGCUGCUUCAUUAGCGGGUGGGAGAAGGGACGCAUCCACUCACGGAAGAUUCUAUUUACUCAAUAAUGGCACCUUACAUUUAUAAUUUGUAACGGUUGUCUAAUAACGUUUAAUUUAAAAUGUAAGUUACAGAGCUAAUGACAUGACCAAGACUUUAAUUAUAAUUAAAACAGAACACUUGAAGAUUGCAAAAGUUAUUGUCUUUUUCCCGGGAAAAUGGAGAACUACUUUUUAUAUGUGUAUAUUUUUAUGUAAUUAGCAUUCUAUUCCUGGGCCAGGGAAAAAAUUACCUAAAGCAAUAAUGUUAGAUAUUAAAGAUUAAAAUCUAAUGCUUUGCACUGCA